AGUCUGGCAGUGGCGUGCGGCGCGUUUCGCUGCCUCUCUGCUCUGAAGAGUCUCUGGUUUCUCAGUUGUUGGUCGUUCGCCAUCGAGUCGAGAGAGUCGUAGCAUGUGCUCUGCCGUCGCGAAAGCCCGUCGCCGCCACCGUUGCAACAGUACCGCGCGCCGCAGCAGAGCCAUAGUCCGGCAACUCGACCUGGCAACUAGCGAGCGCAUCUCGCAGCCCACGUACGGCUACCGCUAGUUCCUCGCGGCCAUUCUACCUGCCCCGACUGUUCCUUGUCCUUCGCCCGUCCGACUUUGCCAAGCCUUUUCUGUGCGCGUGUGACCGUGCGCGUGCCGCCAAAUUCCUGCUUUGAUCUUGGGCUCGCGAUAUCGGCGCGGUGCGGCGCAGUGCGUUCGUCGGCCGACACUCGACGCGCGACGUCCAAGAUGAGCUGCACGAGCAGGCCAGUGACGCUGAGCAGCACUUGCGAGACUCUUCUCAGCAAGUGCGAGAUCCCGAUCAUCGACCUCGAGCACGUGGGUACGGAGCGAUGCCCGCAGAAGGCAGUGGUGAAGCAGGUCGCCGUGAAGCUGGUUCAGGCGCUCUCCGAAAAGGGACUGGCCCUCUUGGUGAACCACGGCAUUCCCGAUCACAAGCUGAAAGCCGUGUACCGAGCGAUGGACGGCUUCUGCGAGUUGCCCGAGGAGGCCCGCGCCAAGUACGAGCGUCGGUCGCCCUCGAACCACGGAUACGUGAAGCCUGGCGCAGAGAGGUCGAGCCCGACGGCGGCGGCGGCGGCGGCGGCGGCGGCGGCGGCAGCGGCGGUGGCAGAGGAGGAGGAGGAGGUGGCGGCGGCGGCGGGAGCGGCGGCGCGACACUCGUUCGACGUGACGGGCGAAGACAAGCCGUUGCCCGACCAACAGGUGCCCGGCUUCGGCAGCGCUGUCCAGCAACUCGCCACGGACCUCAAGCAGCUGACGACCAUGCUUCUCACCGCUCUGGCCGUGGGCUUGGAGCAAACGCCCGACUUCCUGCUGUCGAAGCACACCAAACUACUGGAGCCCGGCAACCAGUCCUCCAUGAGACUCGUCUACUAUCCGGCCCUCGGUCUACCCGAAGCCGGCCUUCCCGCCUGCGCAUCGCACUGCGAUUACGGCACUUUCACUCUUCUCGCUCAGGACUGCGAAGGCGGAUUAGAAGUGCAAAUGCCGCACGGCGAACGCUGGGGCCGCGUAGGUCAUCUGCCCGGUGCCAUUCUGGUGAACAGCGGUGACAUUCUCAGUUGCUGGACGAACGGUGCUCUGCCAGCAUUGAAACAUCGUCUGGUGGUGCCAGAGCUCUGCGGACGCGGUCGUCACUCGAUCGCCUUCUUCGUCCAUCCCGACAGCAACGUGACAAUCGAGCCGUUCGAAGCGAAAGUCACCAAAGCCAAUCAAGAAGCUGCCCCUUGUCGCUUGGAGAAGAAGAAGAAAGGCGUUCUCACCGCUUAUCAGCAUCUGCAACGCCGUUUUCGCGAGACGUAUGCCUCCUAACGCUGGCUACUCUUCACCGCUACCAGUUUUCCGAAUCGUGAGUCGUAAACGUACAGCAAUGAGUCUUACGUAGUGUGUGCUGUUGGACUGUUGGCGGUGGGAUAAGAGCGACGUCGGUCAUGAGAUCGAGCCCCACGUUUUUUCUUCUUUUCAGCUACAUCAUAGAUUAUGCUCUCGAUCCGCGCAUGAAUGAUUAACUGCGAAGCGCGCGAUAAUCGUCAGACUAUUUUUAUUCCGAUGACAAGUCACGUCUUCAAUUCACCUUUCAAUGAUAUACUCGACGCCAAGUUGCGGCUUACUUAUACUAUCGAAAAACCGCCAUUGGAGUUCUACAGAUAAAUCAUGUAUCGGACAAUAGUCGCUGGCUGUUUUUAUACAAGUCAUUUUCACGGAAUGAUGCGGCUGAAAUACUAAAAUUAUAGGCGUAUAUUGCUUAACUAUGUAUUUUAUCGUUUGUAUUAAAACAAAAACAAAAAAAACGUUUCGUGAUUGUAUUAUUAGUACGUUAAAUAUUAGAUGCCAUUUCAACUUAAAUUGCACAUGUGAAGUCAAAAUUGCAACUCAUUAAAAGAUAUUGAAGUUUGAAAUAUUUUUCUCUCGAGACGAAUUGUAUAAUUAAAAUCUCAUACGUUUUUAAUAUUGUAAAUUUGGAAAUUUUAUAUCGCGUACAGCGUUCAUUAUUGGACAAGGCACAGAAAACGAUACUAUACCGAUUUACUUCGGACUGUAUGAGUGGAAAACUGAAAACUGAAAUCCGUCUAUAGACUGUUGACUGAAUAGCAUAAUAAUUUUACUCAAUGAGGUUCGUCCGCUCGGCAAUUUUUCGGAUGCUUUCGUACUCAAGUAUGGAAACUGUAGAGGAUGAUUAAUAAUCCGACAAAUAUUAAAUGUAUAUGAAAACGCCAACCGCGGAGUCUCAAGCAAUAAUAAAUAAAUUUGU